AUUGGUUGCCAGGAGGGGGCGGAUUCAGAGGCGGAGUCAGCGGCGUGGGCAGCCAUGGGUCAGCCAGCCAAGGUUUUACAGCUCUUUAAAACACUGCACAGGACCAGACAACAAGUUUUUAAAAACGAUAAGAGGGCAUUGGAAGCCAGAGUAAAGAUAAACGAAGAAUUCAAAAAACAUAAAAACGAGACAUCUCCAGAGAAAAUAAAAGAGAUGCUGAAAAUAGGUUCUGAUGUUGAAUUAUUGCUCAGAACAUCUGUUAUUCAAGGAAUUCAUACUGACCACAACACGCUUCAACUGGUUCCCAGGAAAGAUCUUCUUACAGAAAAUGUGCCGUACUGUGAUGCACCAACCCGGAAGCUGUGAAGCUUCCAGGAUAAAACCCGCCUCUGCUCCUUCCCACUUUAAAUAUAUACCUGGCAAAGGUCCUGACAUGCACAUGAUUCUCUGUGAAGCGGCACGUUGCAAAUGAGUGGCAGGCUGAGGGCUACAGAGCAUUGCCAUGCUCUGAGGACAUAGACGUGCGUGUCACUGACAGGCAGCCCUUACGGGCGACUGAAUGCGGGGGAGGCGGGACACUCCUCUCUUUCCCUUUGGUAGGUGUUUUGGUCUUACCAAAGCUGUUUGCCGAUGAAGCACUUUACCAAGUUAGUGACUUUUUGUCUCAUGGGAAACACACCUGCUAAAUAUAAAAUGCUACAUUAGAUGGAUGUUUAAUCUCCAAAAUGUUGGUAAAAAAAUUAACAUUUUUCUGCC